AUGCUCGAUAACGUCCAACAAACUAAGCAAUGUGUGAUGCAGUUCCAAAGCGGUACAGCAAAGUUGGAGCUUGUCGAUGAGUUACCGAGCCCACCCUGGUACAAGAGAACAAGCAUCGUGUUCAAGACCAAUGGCCUGUCAUGGUCCUCGCGGCCUAUGGCGUCAUCAUAUAUGUCACAUAACAUAAAAGAAACACGUGUUCACUCGGCUUCAAUGAAUCUUUCAUUGGCGCACCCAUUCUCUGGAAGAUAUUCCAACAAGACUGACUCAAAUUCGAUGGACAGUUCCGAAAUUGACUCGGUUUCGGCUGAUCCAAUCUUGAACGACAUUAUGCUAUAUCAACGAAGCAGAGGCUUCCUGGGGGGAGUGAUAGUGCCUAAGAAUAUGGACUACAAGGUGGCUAUGCAGUCUCAUAAGAGAUGUUCUAUCAGUUGCACUGUUUGGCAAGCUAAACCGAACGCCAUCCAUGUGUAUUAG